AUGGAGACUCUGCCACAGGAGUUGCUUCUCGAGAUCCUCCAGCGCCUCUCUAAAACGGCCGACAGGCCCCAAGACCUAUGCAGUGCAGCGUGUGUCUCAAAGAGCUUCCACUCUGCUGCCAAUAUGAAAGAGGUUCUCAAAAGUGCGGGCGCUGGCCUCAUGCUGGUGCAGAGGGUUCUCACUGAGCCCCGUGCGCUCGACUUCCUGAGCAAGAUAAGGAACGCUGGGUCCAUGGACGCCCUGUACGUGAGCGGCAUGCUGCGCUUCUACUCCACAAAUGAGCACGGCAUCGGGGCAGACCUGCUCGUGAAGGCUGCUGAACAGGGCCAUGCUCCUGCACUGUACGAGUGUGCAAUCACCCUAACGAACGGCAGCGGAGGCGACAAGCUUGAUGUCUGUCACCGCGGGGCCAAUGAGCUACUGUACAGGGCUGCCGCGCUGGGGUACGAGCCAGCAGCGAUCGAGCUGUCCAUGCGCAUCCGGAACGGCUGGGGCUUCCAGAAAGACCGGCAGCUGGGUACCAAGGUCCGGAAACUGGCAGAGGCCGAGGACUUCCACGAGAUCGGCCCGCUUCUUGCCCCUAUCAUCAGACGCGAGACCUACCAACCCUCCAGCUCGUUCCUCCCGGCCGUUUUCCUCGCUGAAGAGUCGCGAAAGAGCAUGCCGGGGGCAACAGCAACUGUAGAGCAGCGGCGGCAUUGGGCGCUCGUAGCUGAAGCGGCGCAUAGGGCUCUCCGGUUGAACAACUUUUGGUACGAGCAAAAGUCGUGCAACAACGGCAGCUGCGGGCGAAGGGCACCCAGGAACACCGUCUUCAGGCGCUGCACUGCUUGCUGGGUCGUCGCAUAUUGCUCGUUGCACCGUGCAAGGAAGGACCGUGAUAGGCAUCGCGCAGGACAGUAUCUCAUCAUCAGCGGGGUGACCCAACUGGCCCACGAUCCUAGCAAUGCUUUCCUUGGAACGCGUCUCAUUGAGAGCCAAGCGGGCCAGGACCUGAUUCUCAGGCCUGGUGCCCUGGCAAGAGUGUGCAUCGAUGGCGACCUCAUGCUCUCUGGAGACCUGUAUGGCUUUGAUCCGGGAAGCAACAGCAUGGCGAAUACAAUGUUACUGGACUCCAACGCAGUCGUUCUAGGGACAGAAAUACGCCCCGAUUACGAUAGCAUUGACCAGGGAGGCCUCUUGAUGCGUGGCGCCCAAUAUAAUAGCGAUCCAAAGCUUGUAUCGUUCCUUUGGAACAAGAAUGGUGCCGGAGUUCCCUACUGGAACGCACAAGGGGGCAACUUUCGCAUCGAGCGGCGGCUGCAGUCAGGGGUUGAUGUGUCCUUCACCUUUGCAAUUCAGGAGGAUUUUUCGCUGGUCGUCUUACGGAGUAUUGCGUCUGGGGUGCCCGAGCCAUGCAUCGGCUUUGCUCCAGCGGAUGACGAGGAUGAAUUGGUUCGGGGAAAUUCGGCCCUUUUCCUGAAAGAGAAUCUCUUGAAUAUUGGCUUGAGGCGCUUGCCUAAGGAGGCUCAGUAUGUGCUCUGGAUCGAUGAUGACCUGACGUUCUAUUGCCAGGAUCUAAAGGAGAGGAUCAUUGCGGCACUUCAGGAGCACCCGGUGGUACAAGUCUUUGAGACUUGCCGUGACUUGGAUGCAAAGGGCGAAGUAAUGAAGAAUCACAAGAGCUUUGCAGCCGCUUACAGGGACGGCGAACCUCUGUUCAAGCCCGCAUUCCGACCUCCAUGGGCCAACAUGUCGCAUACAGGAUAUGCAUGGGCGGCUCGGAGGAGUGUGUUGGAUGCAUGCGGCGGGCUGCUAGAGACAGCCAUUCUCGGAAGCGCUGAUGGCCUCAUGGCUCGCGCUAUGGUUGGAAAGGUCGAGGACGGUAUACAAAAGGGUCUUUCUGAAGGCUAUCGGCGCCCCAUAAUAGAGUGGCAGGAGCGGAUCUUGCAAGCUAUGAACGGGGAAAAGCUGGGGUGCGUAGUAUGUGAGGCCGGACAUUCGUGGCAUGGUGCUAAAAAUAACCGACAAUAUGCCACACGAGGCCAGAUUCUCGUGAAGCAUUCGUUCGACCCCAUUAAGGACCUUGUUAAGAACGAUGAUGGAGUUUGGGAGUUCAAGCCGGAUACCAAGCCGAAACUUCAGAGGGAUAUCUGGAAGUUUUUUCAGGCGCGCAAGGAGGACGAGGGUUUGACUUUUGAUAAAGAACCUCUUCUGUCGCCUUUCACACCAACCCUUUGA